GUUGAUUUACAUUUUACCUUAUUUGUUACGAAAUUUACGCUGUUUUGACAUUCCCAUGUGUGAUAACCACGUGCAUAUAAUCGUUUAAAACAGCAAAUCAUAACAGGACAUAGUAUUGACAUUUAUUAAACCUCGAAAGGAUACUGAAAAUACUAUGAUAAAGUGGUCAUGGUAUCACUCAGUUGUUGUACUUGGUGUGUUAGUGUUGGUUUUCACUCACAUUCAAGAUAAUAAUGUCAGUUACGUUAAAGAUUUUUCCUGUGUUGUGUACAACUGGGAGAAUGUUAUAUGUAAAUGGAAUAUUACAGAAAGUAUUGAAAUAAAGACUGUCAAGGUUUAUUGGCAACCUUUAGUUCCAUUUUCAAAGUGGUAUUAUUGCCCUAAACUUACCAACAGUACAUCAUGUGAAUGGAGCAUAAAUGACCAUAAUAUUGACAUAGAGAGAAAACAUAACAUCAGCGUCAGUAUUAACAAUAACUUACACAAUUUCUUCCUCGUAAGAUGGAAUGAAUCUGUAUACCCGGAUCCAGUCAAUGACCUGUUUGCAUUGGCGAAAAAUAUGUCAUGCGUGUUACUUGAAUGGAAACAUUCAGAUAAUGUGCACAAUAAGACUUUUAAGGUUAUGUACAAGCCUGAGAGAGCACUGAAAACCAAGAUACUCACACUUUACUCUGAAAAAGGUGAAGUCCGCAGAGAAAUAUGCCAUCUAAAACCAUACACGAGAUACGAAAUACAGGUAACAUGUAAACCUGAUAGAAAGGGGAUUUGGAGUAACAAAGUUAGGACUACAGUCAAAACUAACAAAACAGUUCCGGAAUGUCCACCAAGUACAGAUAUCGGAGGAUAUUCCUGGAUACAACCAUCUAAGAAUUCAUCAGCCGAUGUCACGAUCUUCUGGAAGCGGAUUGAAAAGUCUAAGUGGAAUGGCGAUAAAAUCCAGUAUGGCAUAUAUCUCAUGUCAACAAAAGGGAUAACUUUACUCCAUAGUAGUGGAAAGUUUUAUUCUACAUUUAACAUCGAUACUACUGUAAAGUAUCAAGCUUUCCUUUACUCAUACAACGAAAUUGGAAAUUCAACCUUGGAGUCUGUUCAAAUACCUCCGUAUAAAGAUAUUGAACUUGUUGAAGAAGUAGUUGCUGUGAAAGACAUGGAAUCGCAAAUAAAGUUGUAUUGGACGUCUACAGGGACAAUAGAUACUUCAUCGUACAAUUUAUUUUGGUGUGAACAAGCUUUCUGGGAUAUAUGCAAGGAUACUCCACAUGCGAUAGAAAUAAGCUCAACAGAUGAACAUAGUUAUUCAACCUUACCAGGACCCUUUACAAACGCCUCCACAUAUCUAUUUGGUGUAUCGUAUACGUCAAGGAACAAUAUGACUUCAGGCUUUAAAUGGUCAGACUGUUAUAUCGAUGUUAAUAAAGAAUUUCCUUUACAGUUAGAAGUAACACUCUAUCCAAAAGAAAAUGGCGUCCUUGUGAAAUGGCGAUUACCAAAGUGCAAUUUCGAAAAGGUCAAACAGCUGAUAAGUUUUUACAACAUACAUUUUUGUGAACGAAAAGGAUGUGAAGAUUAUACAGUAGUUAAAGUGGCUGGUACAACCGAUUAUACUUUAAUUGAAACAACAGAAGAUAAUGUUUGUGUCAGAGUCUUUCCACAUUGGAAGGAUACAGAUAGAAGAUCAUCAGCAGAGGAAUGCGUACACAUCUCAAGCAAUAAAAGGGUGUUAGUAUCAGCUUUAUUAUCUGUUGGAGCUGUAUUCUGUUUUUUAGCUAUAUUUGGAUGUUGUAUGAUAGUGAGGAAAGUUAGAAGAACAAUAAAGACAAUAAAACGACCGUUCAUAAUAGAAACACCACAUAUAUACAACAAUUCAAAUCAAAAUACUGAUAGCUUGACUCAAAGAUACCGUAACCUUCCAUCUUCAAACGGAGAUUUUUGUCUGCUGUUAAAUAGAGGUUCAAGUCUACAGUCACCAGCUGGGAAUUCUUCAUCAUAUGCACGCGGGGAUUCUGGUGUGGUGUCAUCAAGAGGAAAUUCCAAUCUGCUUCCAAAUGUCGAUUCUGCCUUACCACUUUUGAACACUUGACAGCGGAAUUAUGGAUUUCUUUUGCACUAAUUACGACGGACGGAAUGGUGCCCAAUGAUCCAUGCAGACUUACUUUGAUUGGAUCCUCAGUAGAAUCCAUGAUCAUCUGAGAGAUGGAGAUUGAAUGAUUUUCCAACAUUUCCCUAAAGAAUUUUUAAAGUUCUCAAAGACGGGAACCCGAUUUAGAUGAACCUGAAUGAUGUGUUAGGAAAAAUGCCUGGUAUAAUUUGAACCAAACAAGGUCACAAUUAAUAGUAAUUAAUCAAAACAACGAAGAAUAAGUCGCUUAUUCUUUAAUUUGCAGUCGACAUGAUUGAAUAUUUUUACUAUUUAGAAUACUAUGAUGUCAACUAUGCAUUUGUAUUUUCCCGAUUUUUUGUUUUUGUAUUGUCUGAAUGGUGUGAAUUUUAAGUGAUGGCAUUCGUGUAAGACAUGUAAGCGCAGGUAAACUUAUCAUUUGCAUUAAUUACACUUAUUUACCUAGAACUUUAUAUGCAGACAAUCAGUAAGUUAAUUUCCAACCAGCAUUAUAUAAACUAUUAGAUGAAAAAUCAACGAGAUAACGCCAUCAUAAAUUCAAAGAUUGUGAAUUUCAUUUCCUUUUUAAGGUAUUUACCAACAACAAAUAAAAUACUUUUAAUGGAAAAAAUAUCAAAUAACACCGACUAUAUUCAUAUAUUCAACGAAAUCAUACCCUGAAGAGUCUAAGAAAACAACCAACCAUCAAAUGUAAGACAUAACGGAUCAUCUAAUGACAUUUGAGCACAAAUAGAAAUAAAAUAAAUACCCAAGAUUUGUGCAACGACAUUGAUAAAACAAUAGAUGUAAAUUAUAUAAAAAAAAAUUCAAAUUGACAGCCUCAAAAGUUUUCAUUUUGACCCUUUUCGAAUGGACCAGAUGACUACUUUGCCUUAGAUUCACGACCCAAACAAACUUUUCACAGUGCGAUUUCCCUAAACCCAUCCCCCGCCCUUUUUGCUUCUGUUUUGUACAUGGAGUAUGAUGAGAUAGAUUGAGAAGGUGUAUGGGGUAAAAAUAUCCAAUGGUGAUUCUUGGGUCAGACAACGAAAAUAUCCAAUGGUGAUUCUUGGGUCAGACAACGAAAAUAUCCAACGGUGAUUCUUGGGCCAGACAUCGAAAAUAUCCAAUGGUGAUUCUUGGGCCAGAUAACGAAAAUAUCCAAUGGUGAUUCUUGGGUCAGACAACGAAAAUAUCCACUGAUGAUUCUUGGGUCAGACAACGAAAAUAUCCACUGGUGAUUCUUGGGUCAGUAUUGGGAUGUCAAAGAUACCUGUUCACGUCUACUUACGUAUGGUAAACAUACACAACCACACCUGCUUAGUAUUGAGUUUCCUGUCAUCAUGUUUCUAUGUUGACGAUAAUGUUAAAAUUACUUAUUUAUGUCAUAGUUUAUUUUCGGGUCUUCUUCGUGGUAGACGUUUAAGCCAUGUCGAUUUCUAAAAGUGUAACGGCAUCAAGGUUAAACAUUACAGUAAAAAAACAAUCACUGUACAAUGUCGAAAAUUUAAAAAAAAAAUGCUAGGUGAUAUUCUAUUUUCUUCCUGUUUCUUAAGUUUUUACAAGUAAAUUAAAUAUGUGUUUAGUG